GUCUAGAAGAGAUGAGUGGGCCGCAUGAAAACACCAGCAUCCGGCUGAGUACUGUACAAAACCUCUGUCUCCAUCAACAGCAAGCCAAAGAAGGAUGUAUUCCAAUGCUCCCUGCAAUUCAAAUCGGCGUGUAGAUUUUAGCCCACCUACGAUGUGCGCACCAUACGAGCUGUGAAUCACAGGAAGGCAGGCCCCACCACCUGUAAGCCUGCUCCAGAGCUAACCGCCGGCAAAUUUAUUCGGCCGAGUAUCAUACAUAGCCUCAAAGCGAAAACCAGUUUCGCGGAAAACAGUACUCUCUCUCUCUCUCUCUCUCUCUCUCUCUCUCUCUGAGACGAUGCUCCGCCAUUGCAGUACGAGAGAAUUAGGGCACGAGAAUUUCCAAAACCCCACCUUUUCUCCAGGUAAGCUGCGUUCCCCUCUCUUCCCACCCUCCCUCUCCCAACAAUCUAGGGUUUUUCUAGGGUUUAAGCUCAACUCCCAUGCAAAUCCCUUCAUUUCCGCCCAACAAUCAUCCAGAAGUAACAGCUCAAGAAAGAGAAAUGAAGGAUCUCCGCCUUCGAUUUCACGUGCUUUUGAAAUCCAAGCCGAUGCUGGAAAAACCCAAAAAUCUAGUGUUUCAUCAGGGUUCCAGUCCCAUUCCCUUCCAAGUGCAAAUGCUGUCUCACUGCCGGUAAAAGCAUCGGGCAGUAACAGAAAGAAGCGGUAUGGAGGUUCUUUGCCUUUGUUUUUCCGUGAUUUGGAGAGAGAGGGUGAUAUUGAGAUAACCCUCGAAUCGUGGAUCGGAAAGCUCACCCCCAAGGAACAGACGGUUAUUCUCAAAGAGCAGCGUGAUUGGAGGUCUGCUCUUCGUGUUUUCCGAUGGAUGAAAUUGCAGAGAGAUUACAUCCCCAAUGUUAUUCACUACAAUGUUGUUCUUCGGAUUUUGGGCAGAGCUCAGAAAUGGGAUGAGCUCCGGCUCUGCUGGAUUGAAAUGGCAAAAGACGGUGUCUUUCCCACCAACAACACCUAUGGUAUGCUUGUUGAUGUUUAUGGGAAAGCAGGUCUGGUGAAAGAGGCGAUUUUGUGGCUUAAGCACAUGAAAAUCAGGGGAAUUUUCCCAGAUGAAGUGACCAUGAAUACUGUUGUCCGCAUUCUUAAAGAUGCAGGUGAAUUCGAUCGGGGGGAGCGAUUCUUCAAGGAUUGGUGCUCUGGUCGGGUUGAAUUGGGGAUUCUGGAUUUUGAUUCUGUUGAUUUGGAUCCAGGUUUGAACCCAAUUAGUCCGAAGCAUUUCUUGUUGACUGAGCUUUUCAAAGCCGGAGGUCGUGCUCCACCAACAAAUGUUCCAUCAGUGGAUGAAGGUUCGGUUCGGAAGCCUCGGCUUGCUGCUACUUAUAACACGUUGAUUGAUCUGUACGGGAAGGCUGGUCGUCUGAAAGAUGCUUCGGAUGCUUUUGCAGAGAUGUUGAGGUCAGGAGUAGCGCCUGAUACGUUUACUUUUAACACCAUGAUCAAUAUUUGUGGGUCCCAUGGGCAUUUGUCUGAGGCAGAAUCGUUGCUUGCUAAAAUGGAAGAGAGGGGAGUUCCUCCUGAUACUAAAUCUUUCAACAUCUUUUUAUCUUUGUAUGGUGAUAUGGGAAACAUUGACAGGGUCCUGACAUGUUAUAAGAAGAUCAAGGAGGUUGGUCUUUGUCCUGAUGCUGUAACUUAUAGAGCGAUUUUGCAUAUAUUGUGUGAGAGGAAGCGGGUUCCAGAAGUCGAGGAUAUAAUAAAGGAAAUGGAGAAAUCAGGUCUAUGUGUUGAUGAGCAGUCACUACCCGUCGUUAUGAAAAUGUAUGUCAAGGAAGGCUUGCUUGACCAGGCAAUGAUCUUCCUUGAAAAGCACUGUACUGGUAGACGGAUUUCAUCAAAGACAUAUGCUGCAAUUAUAGAUUCUUAUGCGGAGAUGGGUCUUUGGGCUGAAGCUGAGGCUGUAUUCUUUGAAAAGAGUGAUCUAGGACAUAAGAAGGAUGUAACAGAGCAUAAUGUCAUGAUAAAAGCAUAUGGGAAAGCAAAGCUGUAUGAUAAAGCACUAUCAUUGUUUGGGAGCAUGAGAAGUAAUGGAAUUUGGCCAGAUGAGUGCACAUAUAACUCUCUUAUUCAAAUGCUUUCAGGUGGAGAGUUGAUAGACAGUGCAAGAGACCUCUUGGCCAAAAUGCAAGAGGCAGGGUUCAAACCUCGGUGUGCAACCUUUUCUGCUGUUAUUGCAAGCAAUGUCCGUUCAGGUAUGAUUUCUGAGGCAGUUGAUGUCUAUGAAGAAAUGAUGCGAGUGGGUGUCAGACCAAAUGAAGUUGUUUAUGGGUCUUUGAUAAAUGCAUUUGCAGAAGCUGGCAAAGUCGAAGAAGCACUUCAUUAUUUCCACACGAUGGAAGAAUCUGGACUAACAGCAAAUCAGAUAAUCUAUACCUCUCUUAUCAAGGCUUACAGUAAGGUGGGCCUUUGGGAAAAGGCGCAGGAGUUAUAUGGUAAGAUGAAAAAUUUGGAAGGUGGUCCGGAUGUUGUUGCAUCAAAUAGUAUGAUUGAUCUCUAUGCGGAUCUUGGGAUGGUUUAUGAAGCUAAGUCGAUCUUUGAUAGGCUGAGAGAGAAUGGUAAUGCUGAUGGUGUUUCGUUUGCCACCAUGAUGUACCUUUACAAAAGCAUGGGCAGGCUUGACGAAGCAAUCGAUGUUGCUCAGGAGAUGCAACAGUCGGGUCUACUGACUGACUGUGCCUCCUUUAGUAAUGUCAUGGCGUCAUAUGCCGACAAUGGACAGCUCAGAGAGUGUGGUGAACUGUUGCAUCAAAUGAUUACAAGGAGAAUUUUACCAGAUUUUGCGACCUUUAAAGUAAUGUUCAUGGUUUUGAAGAAAGGAGGCAUUCCGGUUGAGGCUGUAACUCAGCUAGAAAAAUCAUACGAAGAUGGAAAACCAUAUGCUAGACAAGCCAUAAUAACCUUAAUGUUCUCUGUGCUGGGGUUGCAUGCUUGGGCACUAGAAUCUUGUGAAACAUUCACAAAAGCUGACACCGGUCUUGAUUCAUCAUCCUACAAUGUCGCAAUUUAUGCAUUCGGAGCUUCAGGGGAUGUAGAUAAGGCAUUAAAUAUGUACAUGAGAAUGCAAGAUGAGGGGCUGAAGCCAGAUCUUGUUACUUAUAUUAAUCUGGUACGUUGCUAUGGAAAAGCAGGAUUGAUGGAAGGCGUGAAGCGGGUUUACAGCCAAAUGAACUUCGGAGAGAUUGAGCUCAAUGAGUCACUGUUUGAGGCAGUCAUAGAUGCAUGCAAAGUUGUUGGCAGACAUGAUCUUGCUGAAUUGGUUAGUCAAGAGAUGAGAUUCAGUUUCAACUUGCAAGACCACCAUGACUCACACAUUGAAGAUGAUGAAAGUUCUGCGGAGCUUUCUGAUGGAUGAAUGCUUCAUAUAAUUUUGAAGGCUGUAGAUUUUUUAUUUUUAUUGAUUGGGCCAACUUUAGUAACAGUUUGCAAUCCCUUAUAAUCCUUAUAUGAUUUGAGUCUUGGUCGUGUGUGCUAAAUAUGAGAAGGUUUCAGCAGAUCCGUCCACUUCAGCUAGAAACUCCCUUCCACGGAUCAUUUUGGAAGAAACAGUGUAUGCCUUCGGAUGUGCUAUCAGAAGCAGAAAUCAAGACAAGUUUUUUUUUUUUUUGGUCUUUGUUUUUGUGACCUGGAGUGUCUGUGUUGAGAUAUACCUGGGCAGCAGCAGCAUUGUAAGUUGAGAAUUUCUGCAACUAUAGUUCAAAGUGAUUACCCAAGAUAUGCAUGCUUUGGGAAAAACCAGUCAUUUUGGCAGUUUCUAAAAAUAUGCUUCUUUUUUUAUUAUUCAAGCUAUGCAUUGUAAACUUGUAACUCAACAUGUUGUAUACAUGGAAAGAAUUAUAAAUUUUAUGACAUUA